GAAGGAAAAAAUAACUUCCGGUCCUGGCAGGAAGUGGGCCUCUGGUUACCCAGCAACACGACCCGGAAGCUGUUCCUGUCUCUUCCCCCCGCCUUCCGAUUUGCUGUAGCGAGAGGACGAGGGACGGAGGUCUGGCAGGAGCUGCUAAGUGACAGGAGCGAAAGGGGCGGGACUGGUAGCGUAAUCGCUGGACGCCGAUUGGAGAAAAGGUGGCGGCAGGAAGCCGGAAGUAACGUUAGGGAGCGAGCGAGGCUAGAGGGUGGGAUGCCGGUGGAAAGCAAUAUGGCGGACAAAGAGAAGAAGAAGAAGGAGAGCAUUUUGGAUCUCUCCAAGUACAUUGACAAAACCAUCCGUGUCAAGUUCCAGGGUGGACGAGAAGCCAGUGGUGUCUUGAAAGGAUUUGAUCCGCUCCUAAACCUUGUGUUGGAUGGUACCAUUGAGUAUAUGAGAGAUCCAGAUGACCAGUACAAGCUCACCGAGGACACUCGUCAGUUAGGACUGGUGGUUUGCAGGGGGACCUCUGUGGUUCUCAUUUGCCCACAGGAUGGCAUGGAAGCUAUUCCCAACCCCUUCAUUCAGCAACAAGAUGGAUAGCUGGGACUUUCUGCUGCAAAAUCUGGACUGGAAAGGCCGGAAAAGGCCACUCCCCACCCCCAGAAGAAGCUUCUUUACAUGGGGAGUUAUUUUUUUACAUUUCUUUUAUACAAGAGGAGGAUUUGUUGUUUGCUUUGCUUUUGUUUUUUACUAUUUGUGGUUUGGCACUGUGUGUGGCAAGAAAACAGGCUUGGGGCUUAGGAGUGUCUUGACUCUCCUUGAGCAAGUUCCCUCUCAUGCUGCUGGAAACCUUUGACUCAACUCCUGUUCUGAGAUCCAUACUCUUGGUAACCAGUGAAAUAGCACAAGUAAGUUCAAUAAAAGGAUUACAUAGGAGAUUCCUGAGAAUUGUUGGCCAGGCCAGACCAGGAACAAGAACUCCCCCAAACCAGCUUGCUCUUCUCUUCCUGGCACUUGAAGGAAAUGUCGAUCUUUCUUUUGAGGGUCUGAAUUACUUUCUCCAAGUAAGGACAUGGGCUAGGAAGAGAGAGCAGAGGUUAGCCACUCCCCUCAAGCUCUAAACAAGAUGUCUAGGAUUAUUCUGUGUGAAAACUUAAUAGUGGUGAAUAUCUCUCCUGCUGCUUAUGUCUGGAAUAAAAUAAUCCAUGUAUUCAUAAAUAAAAUUGGUCCAAAAAUUCA